CUUCCGGCGAGGGUGACGGAGCGAUGGAGGAUGAUCGGUGGCCGGAGCGGGAGCGGGAGCUGAAUCCGCCGCCAUCGGCCGCUGUGGGCGCUGGUGAAAGGAAACGACCGAGGGAAGGAAGGCGGAGGGCGAGAGAUCGGUUUUCUGUGCGGGCCCAGCCCAUGGAGCAGGCGGUGGACAGUGCGGGCAGCGCCGACUCUAGCGGCGCGGACACGGGCGGGGAGUCGGCCGCGGACAGCGGGAGUCCCCCAUGUGGCGAUUACCCCGCCGCCACUGCCCCCUACCCGGGGGAGGAUCGGGACAAGUCGCUGACCGGUGGCCUGGGCCGGUGGGGAGAGAGCGCCGGGGAGGACUCGGCGGCAGACAGCCGGUGCUCGGACGGUGCGGAGACUGGCAGCAACAGCUCGCCGGCCAGCAGCGACGGGGAAACUGCAGAGGAAUCGGCGGCUGGCAGCACGGGAGCCGGCGAUGAGACCGGAGAGGACUCGCCGCCUGGUGGGGCGCUGGCGGCCUGCGUUCUGGCCCGGCGCGGUGUGGGGAAUCGGUCGGCAGCCGUUCGUCCACAUCCCCCUAUGGAGCAGUCGGCUGCUGCCCCGUGCGGCUGGGACUUGGGGCAGCCGGCAAGUGCCGCCCCGUCUGACUUUGGGCCGCCGGGGGCCAACGGCCUCGGUGCUGGCGCGGCUGCGGUUGAACCGGCGGGUGCCGCUCGUGGGCCGACGUCCCAGAGUCAGGCCCCCUACAAUGGCGACGGGGAGCGUUGUAGCCCUCGUCGGCCUGCGGCGCUCGAACCGGACCAAACCCCCAUCCCCCCGUAUCACCGCGGCGCCGAGAUGGAGACGGGCGUUCCCGGCGUGGGGAGGGGGCAGCCCAGCCCUCGCGGGGGUUAUGGCACGGCCUCGGACCUGCCGUUGUACGGCGGGCCGGCGGAGCAGACGGGGCCGGGCCAGACUUUGGGGGAAACCAACGGCGCCGAGUACACAGCGGCGGCGGAACAGGGCGACCUGGGGCCGGCCGGCGGCGAAUACCAGCUGCCAGAGGCCGAGGACGCCGCGCCCCCCUACCCUGCCGACUUCGAGAAGUACUGGAAGAUUGUGGAGGACAAUCCGUACGAUUUCACCGGAUGGACGUACGUGCUCCAGUACGUGGAGCAGGAGAAUCACGUCUGGGCCGUGAGGAGGGCGUUCGACUCCUUCUUCACUCGCUACCCCUACUGCUACGGCUACUGGAAGAAGUACGCGGACAUCGAGAAGCGACUGGGCUUCGCCAAAGAGGCGGAGGAGGUAUACCAGCGGGGACUGCAGUCCAUCCCCCUCAGUGUGGAUCUGUGGGUCCACUAUAUCGUUUUCCUGCAGGAAAUCCUUGAGCCCACCGGCCCUGACACCUCGGUCAAACUACGGAGCGUGUUCGAGAUGGCGCUGGCUGCCGCUGGCACCGACUUCCGUUCCGACCGACUGUGGGACAUGUACGUGAGCUGGGAGAAGGAGCAGGGGCGGCUGAAGGCCGUCACCGCCAUUUAUGACCGGCUACUCUGCAUCCCCACUCAGCUGUACAGCCACCACUUUGAGAAGUUUAAGGAGCACGUGCAGGGCUACUCGCCGAAGGACGUUCUCUCCACGGACGAGUUCCUGCGGCUGCGCUCGGAGGUGGUGACCAGCCUGGCGGCGGCGGAGGCCGACAUCGACGAGGGCCCCCCCGGGGACGACCCCCCUCCGGGGGUGGGGACCAGGGACCAGGAGAAGGCCGACAAGGAGCUGGAGAAGAUCCGAGCCCACCUGGAGGCCACUCGGCAGGAGACGUACCUCGUGAACGAAGUGGAAGUCAGCAAGCGGUGGCACUUCGAGGAGUCGAUCAAGCGGCCCUACUUCCACGUCAAGCCCCUAGAGAGGGUCCAGCUGAAGAACUGGAAGGACUACCUGGACUUCGAGAUGACCAACGGCACCAACGAACGUGUUCUGGUAUUGUUUGAACGCUGUGUGAUCGCCUGUGCUCUGUACGAGGACUUCUGGAUCAAGUAUGCCAAGUAUCUGGAGCACCACAGUGUGGAGGCUGUCCGCAAUGUCUUCCAGAGGGCUUGCAUGGUCCACUUGCCCAAGAAGCCCACCCUGCAUCUCCUGUGGGCUGCCUUCGAGGAACAGCAAGGUGACAUCAAGGAGGCCCGUCGCAUCCUGAAGACCUUCCAGCUGGUGGUGCCGGGCAUGGCCAUGGUGCUCCUGAGGAGGGUGAGCUUGGAGCGGCGCAGCGGCGAGCUGGUGCAGGCGGAGACGCUGCUGCGGGAGGCGGUGGAGCUGCACCAGGGCACGCCACUCUCAUCCUUCUUCGCCAUCAAGCUCUCCCGCCAGCUGCUGAAGGUGCAGAAGAACCUGGCCAAGGCCCGCAAGGUUCUUCUCGAAGCCAUCGACGGAGACAAGGAGAACGUUAAGCUUUACCUCAACCUGUUGGAGCUGGAAUUCAGCUGCGAUGUCCGACUCAACGAGAGUAACAUCCUCCACUGCUUUGAGCAGGUGCUCCUCAGCUCCCUGCCUCUGGAGAUCAAAAUCAUCUUCUCCCAGCGAAGAGUCGAGUUCCUGGAGGAUUUCGGCUGCAGUGUGCGCAGUUUGCUCCACGCCUACGAUGAACACCAGAAACUCCUCAAGCAGAACUCGAACAAGAAGCGCGCGGCGGAGAACGGGUGA